CUCACUUUAAAUUAUGUUUUGUGGGGUUAGCUUGUCGACCACGGAUUCGUUAGUUGAAAUCAUCAAGCAACUAAAUCAAGAGUUUUUAUGCAACUCUUGUGGUUUUGAGCUGUGUGAUCCUGUUCGUUUACAAAGUUGUGGUCAUGUUAUCUGCAGUAGCUGUGCAAAGCAGGGAUGUACAAAUAACUUUGAAAACUGUCCAAGUUGUCAUUCUCCUGUCUUAAACAUUAUUAAAGAUGGCUUCACUGCCGAUCUUUUGCAAUCUUGGAAAGAAUUUCGAAAGAAAACCUUUCUUUUGAGCGAAUAUCAAAGAGAGGACCUUGAUUUUACUUCUGAAGAGGCCUCUUCGAGUCAAAGUUCUGUUCCUUGCAAACGUAGUAGACAAAGGCGUUAUGCUAGCCCUCCUAAGACUAGAAGCAAAGAAGAGGUUUUUUUUGUUGAUGUUCAAGAAGAAGAAUCUAAAACACCUAACGGACCCAAGAAGUUGGCGUUUUCUGUUGCUUCUCUGUCCGAAGGUAAUCCAGGUUAUUGUCCGAGUAAUUUUAUGUACGAGAGUGAUGAGGAUAACAAGUUGAAAGGCACGGACUCGGCCACACUUUCAUAUCCGACACGCUAUUCGUCUACAGAAAACAAGGAAUCUGUAAAGUCCAUUUUGGAGACUCCAUUUGAGUGUAUGAAAGACUGCGACGACAAUACACGGACAAUAGACUACGAUUCUCUUGCCUAUGAGUCACCAAAGGAGAGAGUAUGGCCAAGAAAGUCACUUAGCUUUGAUGAUAUUGUUCCUUCAUGCAGUAAUGCAAUGGAUGACUAUUUUCCUAGUGUUCACCGCGACAUUAGCCUCGAAGAGUUGCAGUCACUUGUAUACGAACUUAAUGAUAUCCUAUUUAGGAUUUCAAGAAUAAAACUAUUUUCCAUGUAAUCAUCGACAGAGUGUCAUGAUGG